CCCCGCGCCGCAAUCUGUGUUCGUCCGCCGCCGCCGCGCACUCAGUCGAAGCGAGCGCGACUCCUCACGCGAUCGUGUACCGGUGCGUUGGCUCCCGCUAGUGGUGUUAGUCCGUGUGGUGUCAAAGCAAGCUGAGGCCGCUGCUGGUGGUAGCUGGUCGCUGUGCGAGGAGCUGUGAGCGGCGCCCGGGAGCACACGGGGGCAGUGACCGCGGGGGCGAUCUCGAACCGCAGCAGUGCGAGCGCGGCUGCGUGCGGCAUGGAGUGCGGCGUGGCGGCGGGCGGCUACUCCGCGCCCCCCGCGCACCCCGCGCUCUCGCCCACCGAGCGCUCGCCCGCCAAGUCGGGGCUGCACGUGAACUUCAGCGACAAGGGCGAGGUGAAGGAGCGGCGCGAGAAGUUCCUCACGGCUAAAUACGGCAGCCACCAGAUGGCGUUGAUCCGCAAGCGACUCGCUGUCGAGAUGUGGCUGUACGACGAGCUGCAGAAGCUCUACGACACGCCGAAAGAUAGCGGCGGAGGGAGCGGAGGGGGCGGCGCGACGGGCGCGGCGAGCUCGCAGGAGGUGGAGGUGGACAUCGACGAGCUGCUGGACAUGGACAGCGACGAGCUCCGCCGCAGACACCUCACGAUUUUACUAGCGGAUGCCAAAAAACCACAAAAAGAUGUACACAAAUUCAUAAACGACUUGCUAGAAAAAGCGAAAACCCUGUAGGUUAUGGAAGCAAAUCUCAAGGAUCGAACGUGAGGAGCGGGUCCGCAGGUGAGCCCCGUCUUCCUUUAGGUAUAAUUAAAGAAUAGUAGGUACUAAUCAUUAUGUCCUUAGCUUAGAAUACGUGUUGUGAGUAGGCAGGAGCGCGCCGCUCCGGGCAUACAUAUCACCGGCAUAUGUAUUACUGACGAACCAUUUCAUAAUGACGUAAACGACCAAAAUGUAGCUAGGUGUUGGUCUUAAGCAUAAGAUAUUCGGAUCAUUAUAUUUAUUGUCUGCGCGUAUGAGCACGUUUUUGGAAUCGCGCUUGCAACCAAAUGCGAAACUUGUACUAGCGUUGCUACGUUUAAAUAAAUAAGUUUGUUACAGUGUGAGCAUCUUUAAGGCGUUGCCUAGAUGAUCAAUUAAAUUAUUUCGCAAUAUUGCAAUAAAAAUAUUGUGCACUAAAAAUGUAGCUAAAAUCA